AGAUAGACAACCUCUAAGCCCGCUCGAGAAGUGAAGAGGAAUUGAGUUUUUUUUCGCAUUUGUCACGUUUGGUUGGUAUAGUCAAAAUAAGUGUUGGGUCAAUCCCGCGUUCUUGAAGAAGCUUUUUCGGGCAAGGCUUCAGGAACACGAAUGAACCGCCGAUGCCAACAUCGACGGACUGGCCCUGUCACGUGGAGACGAGUGAGAAUCUGGCCAGUUGUUUCCGGAUGGAGCGAGAGACGAUCACCUUUCCGUGUGCGAAGGAGAUCGUUGUUGAAGAGUGUCCAGAUUCUGUCGCAGUCUCCAAUGGGCACUCGUGGCCGUCGGGUAGUUCGCUGCCACUGACCACCAAAUCUCCGGGAAAAGGCGGAGUCGUUCUGCACUCGAGACCUCGCAAAUUGAGUGGUAUCGGGGUACUUGGCAGUAGUGUGCCUGGAACAACAAAAUCACAGACCGCACCGAAGACGAAGGUGGCACCGGCCGUAUGGAAAAGAAAGAGUACGGAUGAUACGAUUGCGCCGUAUGGCUGCGCAGAGGAAAUUCUGGUUCAAAGAGAGGAAGAAUGUCUCACUACAGUGGAGCAGGAGGUGUGUACGGACUACGAGGAGGAGGUGGAUGAUAUUUGCUUCAAGACUGUACCUAAAGAGAAGUACAACUGCCCUGAGUUUGUCCUCAUGCGGGUGUGUGACUAUAUCCACGUAUACCCAGGAGCGGAGGUGCCGAAAGCACCAGCGAUCAGUUUGGCACAGUCGAAUGAUCCGACGCACCUGGUUGAGGAGGCUACUGCACCUCCAACAAAAGGCGAUCCAUCUGCCGGAAGACCGAAUGCUGGAAGGCGAAGGUUGUUCAUACAAAAGAAAACUCCCUUCUCAAUAGCAGGAGGUCCUUUUCCUCAAAAACCCCGAAUGUCUGAUUGGCCCAAACCACCUCCUGGGCUUUGCUAUGGUGCUGAUUGCCCGGCUCAUACCGUGCCUCAGUGUUACAGGCAGCCUGUGAAGUUCAGCCGGCAGUGUGAAAGAGGGCCUUACCAGAAACCCUAUCCGUGCAAAAAUACAGUGAAGAAACGAGAAUGUCAUGUGAAGCCGGUGAAGAAGCGUACCCCAUGUCUCAACGUUAUUCCCACUACCAGACGCACGUCGUGCCGAAGUGGCGACCAUAGGAGACUAUCUCUACUUCGGUCACCUAUUUCAAGGUCUCUCUUAAUUCCUGCGGUCGAACCUCCUGCAGUGCCCAUCUCUCAUGCAACUGAACCGAGGAUUAUCAUUUCGACGACAGGUUACGCUGUCGACUCAGCUCGUCCUCCGGCUAACAUACACGAGGAUUUCCAUCAGUCCACUACUACAGGUUGGCUACCUCUCAACACAGGUCCUCAAACCUUCUCGGUACAGACAGGCAGGCCAUGCCACUUCAGCACCAAGGCUGUUGUCGCGGAGUGCACGAAGGAGGUGUUUAUGCCUCAGCCAUACCCUUGUUUAGAAGAACGCAGAGCAAAAGAAUGUUUUCCAGGCCUUAAAACCGGAAAUGAGAAAGUGCGACUUGCCAAUGACGCGUCUGAGUUUUCAGAUUCUACGCAAGAUCCUUUUCCAGUCAGCGCUGGAAAACUGAAAUUCCUUCCGUCGUGGAAAUAG